AUUGGUAGGAGUUUUUUUUUUUUUUUUUCAAGUGUUAGGAGAUUUCUUUAGCUAUAUAGACACACACACACACAAAGGGUUGCCAUUCAAAAAAAACACACACAAAGACAAAGGGUCUCCAAGUUGGUGUUAGUGAAAAACAAUAAGAAAACAUAGCAACUUAAUAUGAAGAGAAAACAUGAAGGAUGCGCUGUGGGAAUAGACCUUGGAACAACGUAUUCGUGCGUUGCAGUGUGGCAAGAACAACACUGUCGAGUUGAGAUAAUUCACAAUGAUCAAGGGAACAAACUAACACCUUCUUGUGUUGCUUUCACUGAAGAACAAAGGUUGAUUGGUGAUGCUGCUAAGAAUCAAGCUGCUGUCAAUCCACAAAACACUAUCUUUGAUGCGAAGAGGUUAAUUGGUAGGAAGUUUAGCGACCCUAUUGUUCAAGAUGAUUUGUUGUUAUGGCCCUUCAAGGUCACUGCUGGUGUCAAUGACAAACCCAUGAUUACAGUCACAUACAAGGGUCAGGAGAAGAAGCUUUGUGCAGAAGAAGUGUCGUCUAUGGUACUCACUAAGAUGCGAGAAAUUGCUGAGGCAUAUUUAGAAUCACCGGUUAAAAAUGCAGUUGUUACCGUGCCAGCUUACUUUAGUGACUCUCAGAGAAAAGCCACUAUAGAUGCUGGUGCUAUUGCUGGCCUAAAUGUUUUGAGGGUAAUGAAUGAACCUACUGCCGCUGCUGUUGCUUAUGGCCUUGACAAGAGAACAAACUGUGUUGAAGAGCGAAAUAUUUUUGUCUUUGAUCUCGGUGGUGGGACUUUUGAUGUGUCUCUACUAACGAUUAAAGAUAACAACUUCCGAGUUAAAGCAACUGCAGGAAACACUCACCUUGGUGGAGAGGACUUUGAUAAUAGAAUGGUUAACUACUUUGUACAAGAGUUCAAGAGAAAGAACAAAUUAGACAUAAGUGGAAAUGCAAAAGCGUUGAGGAGGUUGCGAAUAGCUUGCGAGAGGGCUAAAAGAUCACUUUCGUUCCUUGUUGUCUCCACAAUUGAGUUAGAUUCUCUAUUUGAAGGCAUAGAUUUUUGUUCGUCGAUCAAUCGUGCCAAGUUUGAGGAAAUUAAUAUGGAUCUAUUCAAUGAAUGUAUGAAGUGCGUUGAUAGUUGUCUUACAGAUGCUAACAUGGACAAGAGUAAUGUAGAUGAUGUCGUCCUUGUUGGUGGGUCUUCUAGGAUUCCUAAAGUGCAACAGCUAUUACAGGACUUUUUUAAGGGGAAGGAGUUGUGCAAGAGCAUUAACCCUGAUGAGGCCGUAGCUUAUGGGGCAGCUGUUCAGGCUGCUUUGUUGAGUGAAGAUGUUAAGAAUGUUCCUAAGUUGGUGCUGCAGGAUGUUACACCUUUGUCUCUUGGUUUUUUUGCAGUAGGAGAUAUCAUGAAUGUGGUGAUUCCUAGGAACACUUGCAUUCCUGUCAAGAAGACCAAAGUAUAUGCUACAGCUCAAGAUAACCAAACCAGUUCCUUGAUUAAGGUUUAUGAGGGUGAGAGAACAAGAGCCAGCGACAACAAUUUGCUUGGUUCUUUUGUUCUUUCUGGUAUUCCGCCAGCUCCCCGUGGCUCCUGUUCUUCAAAUGUCUGUUUUUCUAUUGAUGAAAAUGGUAUUUUGACAGUUUCUUCAACAAUUAUCUCUUCUGGUAAUUCGAAUCAGAUUACAAUAACGAAUUACAAAGAACGGUUGUCAGCUGAAGAAAUUAAGAAAUUAAUUAAAGAAGCUGAGAAUUACCGUAUUGAAGAUUACAAAUUCCUAAGGAAGGCCAAAGCAGUCAAUGCAUUGGAUUACUACAUUUACAAAAUGAAAAAUGCUUUAAAGAAUGAGGAUGUUAAUAUAAAGCUCUCCUCAGAGGAAAUUGAGAAGAUUGAAUCAGCAAUUGCAGUGGCCACAAAUUUGCUCAGUGACGAUAACCAAAAGGUUGAAGUAGAUGUUCUGGAGGAUCAUCUAAAAGGGCUUGAGAGUAGGAUGGAACCAAUUAUAGCUAAGACUAUUUAGUUUUUUAUUUUUUUUAAGAUUUUAAGUAUUGUCUUUCUGUUUAGUAUGCGGUGCGAUGCGGUUGUGGAGGCUACCGCAUCAGCAAUACUGCGGCCACAAUUGCGGAUGCGGAUUGCAAUUUAAAACCUUGAUGUAAACCAUGCAACACCUUGCUGAAACCCUGAUGUAUAUGAUUAUGAUUAUGUUACAAGCAAACCAAACAUGAAAGGGUUCUACUUCAGUCUUCUUCAAUGGUUUUAAUCUGAUGCAUAAUCAGUUGGUUGA